AUGCACGCCCAUGAUCCGCGGUUCAACUAUCAGGACUUUUUCGAGAGCCAGAUCAAGCAGAAAAAGCGCGAUGGCUCAUACCGCAUCUUCAACAAUAUCAAUCGCCUCGCAAGUAGCUUCCCCCAAGCACACACCGGAGAUGCAAACGAAACUAUCACCGUAUGGUGCUCAAACGACUAUCUCGGCGUCGGGAGCCAUCCACAGGUUCUCGCGACCAUGCAUCAAACCAUAGACAGAUACGGCGCUGGAGCGGGAGGGACAAGGAACAUCUCAGGGCACAAUAAACAUGCGGUCGAACUUGAAAAUACGCUCGCCCAGCUGCAUCGCAAAGAGGCUGCGUUGGUCUUUACCUCCUGCUUCGUAGCUAAUGAUGCAACACUCACGAUCUUGGGAUCGAAGCUACCGGGGUGUACCAUCUUCUCUGACAGCGCGAACCAUGCGUCUAUGAUCGAGGGGAUUAGGCAUUCACGAGCGAGCAAAGUGAUAUUCAAGCAUAAUGAUCUUGCUGAUUUGGAAGCCAAGCUGUCGUCUGUCCCUCUCGACGCACCCAAGAUCAUCGCGUUCGAGUCGGUCUAUUCAAUGAGUGGGAGUGUCGGGUCCAUCCGCGAAAUAUGCGCUCUCGCACGCAAGUACAAUGCCAUAACAUUCCUCGAUGAAGUCCACGCCGUUGGCAUGUACGGCCCCACUGGCGCCGGAGUAGCCGAACAUCUAGACUGGGAUGCACAUAUCCACGGUCACCACGAAGGAACAGUCCUUGACCAGGUCGACAUCAUCACGGGAACUCUCGGAAAGGCUUUUGGGUGCUCUGGGGGUUAUAUUGCUGGACGAGCUACGAUGGUCGACGUGAUCCGUUCAUACGCGCCGGGCUUCAUCUUCACGACUUCGUUGCCACCAGCCAUCAUGGCAGGUGCCAAUGAAGCCGUCAAACUACUACAGACAGACUGGCAGCGACGGGACCUACAACACGAGCAUACCCGAGCGGUAAAGGACGGUCUUGUCAAGAAGGGUAUUCCGGUUAUGUCGAACCCGUCCCAUAUUGUUCCUGUCCUGGUUGGCGAUGCGAGGGAUGCGAAGAAAGCAAGCGACAUCCUGCUGUCCAACUUCGGCAUAUAUAUCCAGCCUAUCAAUUACCCCACGGUACCGCUGGGACAGGAGAGACUACGUAUUACCCCAACGCCCAGACAUACGAAGGAAUUGCAAGAGGAGCUCCUGUUUGCGCUGGAUUAUGUCUGGGAGCAGCUGGGGCUGAAAAGGGCGCAAGAAUGGGAAUUGGACGGUCUCGACUGGGCGAAGAUGCAUAAGCCAGGAGACGAUGGCGCCUUAUGGGAGACCAGGGGCCUAGAAUCAUCGACUCCUGAACUGUAG